ACAAACACCGAUUCGAUUCUUGAAUCUUGACCAGUGAUUCUUUCCAUUGACGGAGCCACCAGCUUUGGGCGGCGAUUCCGUGUUCUCCUGUAGAAGCAACAUUUUGGUCCUGCAUAGUUGACUUUCUCUCUCCUUUCUUAUUUACCACCGCAUUUUCUCUCUCUUUCAGUCUCGGACGAACGGGAAGCAAUCCGUUAACUUAAGCGGUCUUGAGAAGAUGACGAUUACAUCAAAUAUCUCUGUCCAAAACGACAACCUCGUUGUCCAAGGGAAGACAAUCCUGACCAAAAUCCCCGACAACAUUAUCCUAACUCCGGUUACCGGUGCUGGAUUUGUUUCCGGCGCUUUUAUAGGUGCAACAUUUGAACAAAGCAAGAGUCUCCAUGUGUUCCCAAUUGGUGUCUUGGAGGGCCUUCGGUUCAUGUGUUGUUUCCGCUUUAAGCUAUGGUGGAUGACUCAGAGAAUGGGAAGCUGUGGAAAAGACAUUCCUUUGGAGACACAGUUCAUGCUACUGGAGAGCAAGGAUGAAGUUGAAGGAAAUGGAGAUGAUGCUCCGACCAUCUAUACCGUCUUUCUCCCUCUACUUGAAGGCCAGUUCAGAGCUGUUCUUCAAGGGAAUGAGAAGAAUGAGAUAGAGAUUUGUCUCGAGAGCGGAGAUAAGGCGGUUGAAACUAGCCAGGGAACCCACCUUGUCUAUGUCCAUGCUGGAACCAAUCCCUUUGAAGUUAUCAAGCAAUCCGUAAAAGCUGUAGAGAGACACAUGCAGACAUUUCAUCACCGUGAGAAGAAGAAGCUGCCUUCUUUCCUAGAUUGGUUUGGCUGGUGUACAUGGGAUGCGUUCUACACAGACGUGACUGCCGAGGGCGUUGAUGAAGGCCUUAGAAGUCUUUCUGAAGGAGGUACCCCUCCUAGGUUUCUGAUCAUAGAUGAUGGUUGGCAACAGAUAGAAAACAAAGAGAAAGAUACAAACUGCGUUGUCCAGGAAGGAGCACAGUUUGCUACCAGGCUUGUUGGUAUCAAGGAGAAUGCAAAAUUUCAGAAGAAUGAUCAGAAGGAUACGCCAGCAUCAGGACUUAAGAGUGUAGUUGACAAUGCGAAGCAGCGCCAUAAUGUGAAGCAAGUUUAUGCGUGGCACGCUUUAGCUGGCUACUGGGGUGGAGUUAAACCCGCUGCCUCUGGAAUGGAACACUAUGACAGUGCAUUAGCAUACCCAAUUCAGUCCCCAGGUGUCUUAGGGAACCAACCAGAUAUAGUAAUGGACAGCCUCGCUGUUCAUGGUCUCGGUCUUGUCAACCCUAAGAAAGUGUACAACUUCUACAACGAGCUGCAUUCCUAUCUGGCUUCAUGUGGUAUAGACGGAGUCAAAGUCGAUGUGCAGAACAUCAUCGAAACACUUGGUGCUGGUCUUGGCGGAAGAGUCUCUCUCACUCGCAGCUACCAUCAGGCUUUAGAAGCUUCCAUUGCGCGGAACUUCGCAGAUAAUGGUUGCAUUUCAUGUAUGUGUCACAACACAGAUGGACUAUAUAGCGCUAAGCAAACCGCUAUUGUUAGAGCUUCCGAUGAUUACUACCCGAGAGAUCCUGCCUCUCACACCAUCCACAUCGCAUCGGUUGCAUACAACACCCUUUUCCUUGGGGAAUUCAUGCAACCUGACUGGGACAUGUUCCAUAGUUUACACCCAACUGCAGAGUACCAUGCUGCAGCGCGUGCUGUUGGUGGAUGUGCAAUUUAUGUCAGUGAUAAGCCAGGGAACCACAACUUUGAUCUGUUGAGGAAGCUGGUUCUUCCAGAUGGAUCAGUUCUUCGUGCUCAGCUUCCUGGUAGGCCUACCCGUGACUGCUUAUUCGCUGAUCCAGCUAGAGAUGGGAUAAGCUUGCUCAAGAUAUGGAACAUGAAUAAGUUCACUGGUAUGGUUGGUGUAUUCAACUGUCAAGGUGCUGGUUGGUGCAAGGAAACGAAGAAGAACAGGAUUCAUGAUACUUCUCCUGGAACACUCACUGGUUCGGUCCGUGCUGAUGAUGCUGAUCUCAUUUCUCAAGUUGCUGGUGCAGAUUGGAGUGGAGAUUCAAUAGUCUACGCUUACAAAUCAGGGGAGGUGGUAAGACUACCAAAAGGUGCCUCAAUCCCACUCACUCUCAAAGUCCUUGAAUAUGAACUCUUCCACAUCUCUCCUUUGAAGGAAAUCACUGCAAACAUCUCGUUCGCACCUAUUGGUCUACUAGACAUGUUCAACUCAAGUGGGGCUAUCGACUCCGUUGAUAUCAAUACCGUGACCGACAAGAAAGCAGAGCUCUUCGAUGGAGAGGUCUCCUCUUCUCCCGCGCUCAGCGAGAACCGUUCUCCAACAGCUCUGGUAUCUCUAAGUGUUAGAGGUUGUGGUCGUUUUGGAGCUUACUCUUCUCAGCGUCCACUGAGAUGCACCGUAGAUAAGACCGAGACUGAUUUCAAAUACGAUGCGGAGGUUGGGCUUGUGACGUUGAGUCUGCCGGUGACGAGGGAGGAAAUGUUCAGAUGGCGUGUAGAAAUUCUGGUCUAAAAUUGGAAAAAACCUCGAGAUCUAUAUAGUUUGGGGUUAUUUUUCUUCUUCACAUUCAUCAUUAUAUUGUAUUAGAUGUUUAAGAUUUUAGGACAUGCAUGGUUGUAGUAGUAGUAGUAUCUUCGCAUGUAAUAAUGUUGUUACCUUUUUAAAUUAGGGAGCCGAUGUCUCUCUGUAGUUUUAUACUAAUAAACUCUUUUAAAAAUAAAAUUAAUCCUUAACU